AUGACCGAGAUGGACCAAGCGGCUGGCGACCCCGUACGCCGGUCACGGCCCGCACCGCGAGGGACUGCCUCGUAUCAACGCAAGCGAGCGGUCAAGGCGUGCCAGGUUUGUCGCGCCCGCCGGACGAAAUGCGACAAUCUCAAGCCGUCGUGCUCCUUCUGCCUCAAGGUCGGCGCCGUCUGCAUCCAGUCGGCCCAGGACCUUUCCAGCUUUGACCCCGCCAGUCUCAAGAUUCUGGAACGCCUUGACAGCUUGGAGCAGCUGAUGCGGUCAUCGCUGCCGGCCCCAGAUGAACAAGGGCCACCCGCCAAAAAGAGAGCCCUUUCUACACCCUCUCGUGUUGAACCGCCCGACACCGGCGACAGUGGCAACCGAGUCGACGUGAGUAUGGUGCUACCGCCUGGUUCCGAAGAGAUGCUCUCGUGGAGCUGUCUUCGAGACUUGCAUGCCACUGGCCAGUCCGACGAAAGUGCCGACGACAUAGGGGCUCUCGGACUGCAGCAAGUCACGCCACAACAGCACGUUUCGUCUCCUCCAGGCCUUGCGGGGGUGCCAGAAGAGCCGCGCCUGGUCAAAGCACUGCUGGACAACUUCUUCAAUUAUGUCCAUGUCAAGAACCCCAUACUCGAUGAGGUGUCGACGCGCAGAAUGGUCCUCGGCAAGGCCGUAGAAGGGCUGGGGUUUGACUGGAGCCCCGAGUCGUGUCUCGCCUUGCUGAUAUGCGCCCUCGGAUCGCUGGCCACACCUUUCGGUCCUAGUGCCGACACGAUGCCAGGCACGGCCGCCUAUGCCCACGCGCACGCGUAUUUCCAGGCUGCGCAGAAGCGCAUGGGCCUGUUGUUUGUUGCCGAAGACAUCAUCGCCCCACAGUGUUUCUUUCUUGCAGGCGUCUUCAUGAUGUGCAAUUUCCAGUCCACCAAAGCGUGGAGGUAUUUUGUCCAGGCCCUCGUCGGCUGCCAAGAGUUCGAGUUCCUGUCGAACGCGUCUGGACGACCCGAUCAGUUGGAUGACACCCCUCAUCAGGCCAUCUACUGGUCCGCCUGGAAGUCUGAGCGAGAGGUGCGAGGCAAUGUGCGACGCCCGGAUUUUCCCGUCAGCGACCACGACACAAGACUAUAUCCUUCAUUCUUCCCCACGCCCCCAGCACCAAGAGCAGAUGCAAUAAGGUUGCCCCUGAUGGAAGCAGACCAAAGCAGGGAGCAGAUCUCGUGGUACUUUUAUCUGGCGGAAAUCUCCCUGCGCAGGCUGAGUGCCCGCGUGAGUGCAGAGAUGGUGACCAUAAUGGAGACGCAUGCAUCACGGCACACUUUCCUUGAGUCCAUGGCAGCAGCUCUGCCGUCAUACGAGGCCCAGGCCACGGAGUGGCAGGCAUCCUUACCGCCCUGUCUGUCUCUCGAAGCGCCUGCGGAGCAGGAUGACGUGUGCCGAUUCGUGCUCAGGGGCCACUUGAUCAACCUCUACGAGACUAUCUACUGGCCGUUCUUGGCCGUUUUCCUGGACGAAGAUGGCCUAGGCGGACCACAAACCAGCACAUGGAACGCAUUCAGCGAGCAGGCCCAACGUGGUCUCGAGAACCACAUGGCAAGAUUGCUUGUCAACAAGGCAGGGUACCGCCACCGGCAUCACGGAACGGACCCACUGCCGCGAUCGUGCUCCCGGUCGGCUCUGACACUCUUGGCUGCGUCCAGGUCCCAACAAGCGAUAGUCGGAGAGCCGGGCCACGCACAGAUCCUGCAUCUACCCCAUGACUGGCGGACGGAAAUCAGUAACGUGGUAGACCUGCUUGUAUUUUGGGGCCCCGAGACUAAUCGGUACAACGAGAUUCGCAAGAUCCUAUGCCGAGGUCUCGCUGAGGCGGAGAGCAAUGAUUACCGGCUGGAAAGGACCUAA